AUGACUCUGCAAACUCUACUGGAGUUGAAAGCAAACGCACCUGGCUUGCCAGGCCCUUAUUUACAAGAAAACUUAGCUCCCUAUAGAGCAAUAGAUGUGUUGGGGACAAAAACGCUUCAGGUAGUGACAGUGAUAGGGGGGUUGCAGAAAAGAGCAACGCUAUUACGCUAUUUUGGGCUCAGCAGGCAAUCGGCUCCAGGAUACUCGGUGGCUCUUUGCCCUUGGCCGGGGAAUUCCGACAAAAUAUUCCUAGACUGUGAACUACAUCUUCAGCCAGAUUCAGCGAUCAAUAAAAUCGUUGGAGGCUUCCAGCCAGGUCACCUACAUUACCAUCUGCUUCAACAUCCACCGCAUAAGGCUCUUGGCGUUGCAUAUUCCUUUUAUUAUAACGUGCUAUCACUAUUCAGUGAUUUAAUAGUGCUGUUUGUCUCCGACACUGGCGGCUUGAAAAGAGUAAUAAAUAUUCUUUGUUAUUGGAUGCAAGAAGGGUUAGAAAGGCGCCACCAACAUCGAGCAUACAUCUCAUUGGUAUUUGGUGAAGGGAAUGAAAUACGCGAUGAAGUAGUUAUGGGUCGUUUAGAGAUCGCGAUGCUCUACCGAUUGCGCACCAUGAACACCCAGACAGAUUACACGUUGGCUCAAAUCCAACAAACCCGAAAACGAUUGUUCAAUAUCAGUAUAAUUCGACAUACAAAAAACCUCGUAAGCGCUAUAGAUAAAGCAUUACUAGCGGGAACAAUUUAUCGGGCAGAAGCUGGUUUAAAUUUUUCAGCAAUUAAUUGGAAACUUCUAUUCCAAGAGGCUACUGUUCACUAUGGAAAGCAAAAAUAUUCGCAUUUCAACGUAAUUAGUGCAUCCAGGCUCCAUUAUCCCGUACCCAAACAUCUGAGUGCUUGUAUUAUGGACGUAUUCAGAAGUUGCGAAGAGAGCCACGAGAUUCCUUAUAUUAUAGCGUCUGCCUUGGCUAUGGAUGCAUUUCCUCCUCGGAUGCAAUCUUUCCCCCCCGACCAGGUCUUCGAAACACUAUAUAGGGAAGCGGUUCAUCAAUGCGAAAAAAAUGCAAAAAUACCGAAUGUUACUCUAAAAAUAAAAUUAUUCUUCUCAACCCUCGAACUGGAGCCUUGGCGAUUUAAACAUACACCGUGCCGAGUAUGCUCUAGCAACAAUGUCACUAUUAUUAAAUUGAAACCGCCAACCGCAGGUAAUAGAAUUCUUCACCUAAGACUAUUGCAAGCAGUUUCAAAUCAAUUGUUAUGUCACCUGUUUUAUAUCGAGCUUAAAACUAUGCCAAUGUUUUAUUACUCGCCGGAGGUCAUAACCAUCGUAAUACGUUGCCGCCUAAAUCCUGGUCAUGCUCUUCUCGACUUACUCUUCAGAAUCCAUCGUCUUAGGAUUUGUUUUUAUUAUCAAUGUGACGAGAUUACAGAAAUGAAGGCCUUAGUAUGCACUGAAGAUGUUAUCCAAAAGUGUCGAGAAAUGCAGCCAUUCGAGAGAAAAUUUAAAAUAAAGGUACUAUCCCCUACCGCAGCAAUAUCUAUUGAUAUGGAUGGAAUAGACGGCGAGAAGUAUAGCAUAAGCAAUUGCCCGUACCGCGUCGAUCAUCUUAUAGAGGAUCAAGGGUUAAACAAUCCAUACAGAAGAACGGCUCUUCAAAUUGACAGAAACAAAGAUUCAUUACAAAGUAAACCUAUCUUACAGCUAGAAGUAGCUAAGACUAUAGAUACAUUAGAAUUGCUAGUAUAA